AUGGCUACAGAGCAGACUAUCCUUGCUGAUCCGAGCCUUGCUGGCCCACCCUCAGUCUCUCCUAGUGAUGAGAUACACCCUACAUCUACCCCGGUGACUCCAAGAUCCGAGGAUGACACUCCUCCACUGCAUGCUGUCAACGUCGCCCUCCGAUGGAAUGGGUCAAAGACUAUGAUAUGGAGGGUCCUCGCAACAUUCUGGUGUGCAUUUGUGAUGGGCUCCAACGACGCUGCAUAUGGAUCUAUCAUUCCUUACCUCGAGCUUUCCUACCAGAAGAACUAUACGGUUAUUUCACUGGUGUUCCUGUCGCCAUUCUUUGGCUACACUGUGUCUGCCAUCCUAAGUAACCUGAUUCAUCAACGUCUCGGCCGUCGAGGGGUGGCGUUUAUCGGACCAGCAUGUCAUGUACUGGCCUUUGCAGUCAUAUCGACUAACCCGCCAUUCCCAGUCCUGGUGAUCAUGUAUAUCUUUGUUGGGCUGGGAAGUGGUAUUCAGAAUGCGGGGUGGAACGUGUGGAUUAGCAGUCUGGCGAAUUCCCACGAAGUACUCGGUUGUUUCCAUGGAUUCUACGGUGUGGGAGCUACAGUUAGUCCUCUGGUAGCGACAACUCUGAUCACGAAAGCUGGCUGGCAGUGGAACUCAUACUAUUAUCUGCUGGCUGACGAAUACCCCAAGACUGGAGCCGCUGUCCUUGAACUCAUCAAUGCCACCAGCGCCUUCUGGACAGAAACAGGCACCAAGUAUCAACAGGAUCACCCAUCUGCCCCAGGCAGAGAAGGAGGUGGAUCCCUCAAUCAGACAAGACUAUCUCUCACAUACAGAGUUACCUGGGUAUGCGCCAUCUUCCUGUUCCUCUAUGGCGGCUGCGAAGUCGCUAUUGGAGGAUGGAUCGUCGUGUUCAUGACGAACGUCCGCCACGGCAGUCCCUUUGCAUCCGGUAUGGCCGAAACAGGCUUCUGGCUCGGCGUCACGGUUGGCCGAUUCGUGCUAGGAUUUGUCUCUCCUCGCAUUGGAGAGAAACUCUCCAUUAUCGUCUACAUUGUUCUUGCCAUCGCGCUGGAACUGAUUUUCUGGCUCGUUCCUGAUUUCAUCGUUUCGGCGGUGGCAGUCGCGCUGGUUGGGUUUUUCCUGGGAACAAUUUUCCCGGGUGUUGUGGUCGUUGCUACUCGGAUGUUGCCAAAGCAUUUGCAUGUCGCGGCUAUUGGGUUUGCGGCUGCGUUUUCUAUGGGUGGAGGGGCUGUCUUUCCUUUUAUGAUUGGUGCUAUUGCGCAGGCUAAGGGAGUAUCGGUGCUACAACCCAUUUUGCUGGCGAUGUUGGCUGUGGCUCUCAUGAUUUGGGGCACGCUGCUUCGGGCUCCAUCGCAACAGUCGCAGCAUCAAGUUUGA